AUGUGGUCUUUGAGGUCCAUAACACCAUUAAAACAAAUAGGCACUAGAGUAUAUGGAGCUUUCCAUGACACCCUUGAUCAGUUGACGGGUAUCGAGAAACGGGAAAUGCUUGCUCAUCUCGCUGGUGAUUGUGAUCCUUUCCGGAUGAUGAGCAUUAAAAAAGGUCCAGGGACUUGUGAACGGCCUAAUCUAAUUCCAAGUGCAUUCAGCAAACGCCUCGUGGGAUGUGUAUGUUUCCCGGAGACUAACCACAUUGAAUACAUGUGGUUACACAUGGGGGUGCCGAAGCGAUGCGGCUGCGGCUACUGGUUUGAGCUGUGCCCUGUUGCACCGCUU